GCCGGGUUGAAAAAUCUUAGGCGUGGUGGGUAUGGACGUCACCACUAACCUCAAAACUUUGUUACAGGCUCAUUUAGCGACGGAUUCAGGCGCAGUCUUUCACCUUCCUCAUGUCCUCUCUCAGCUACAUCCAGACUGCAUCCAAUCGCCUCAUUUCAAAAAGUGGACUACUCGUGUCACAUCUCUCCUGCACUCCAAGGACCAAGGAAUCAGAUGGGCCGGCCUAUGUCUAGCAUAUAAAACCACUACGAUGGGGAAAUCUGUCCUUAUGGAUACUGCAUCUAGCUGGGUGCCAUUGGCUAUGUCAUAUCUUUCGGGAAGCGAUACAGCUGUCUUGAGGGUGGCAAUAAGAUAUAUUCGCCAUGUACUUGCUGCCUCUCUUGACAUACAAGAAUUCCAACGGCAGAUUGUGAUACCUCUUGUUCCUAAAUUUGCGACUGCUUUGGCAGCUUUCGUGGAGAAAGACACGGAGCUGGGCAUCAAAAUGUUAUCUUUGGAUACCUUGACAGAACUUGUUCCAAUCUAUCCUAACUUACAUCGAGCACAAAACAACAGCUUGUCAGCUAUCUGUUUACGAAUCAUCGACACCUCUUCAUUAGGCGCGUGUAAUAGGGUCAUUGUUGCGCAUGGUGCUCGGCUUCUCUCUGUACUGCAUUUCACUGGUGGCAAAGUUGGGGCAGCCUCACUUUGGAGGAAAGCUCUUGAGGACAUGAUUGGCUCUACUUGGACCGCUUUUGCAGCAAUGAGGACCAGUUUCCCAGGUCAGAAUUAUCCCAUCCCUCAAGGCCGAGGCCACGAUGACCCUUUGGCCUCCAUCCCUUUACAUACAGACCGAAUGAACAACAGUGUAACAGCCCUAUGUCAUAUGUUAUGUACCACUGCCUCACGUCCCGUGCAAUUGCCCAUUGGAACACUUGUGAAACUUGCCGUGGCUCUCCUUGGUUGCACUGGGAAUGAAAAGAGAGAAGGUCACAUUGAUCCUGUCACUCGCGACCUCGAGAUAGCAGCGCUUCCAUCUAUCUGGACCUCCGGCACCAAGCUUACAACCGCCCUAAUCGAAUGCACUCAGGCUCUGUCAACGCCCCAUGCUACUCAACUUCUUGGCGUUCUGGUCCCGCACUUGGAACGAAGUUCCGCAUCUUUACCACGAGAACGAUUUAUCCGGGCCACCAAAGAAUUACUUCUUGCCUGUCGCCCUAUACUACACGCUCGUUUCCUGGUGAUGCGUGUUAUGAAAGCAAACCUCUCUCUCUUGACACCUCUAUUGUUAGCUCAACGCGACGAGAAGAUUGAGGCUAACCCCGAACGGCAAGAGAACAGGAGAAGUAAGAAAAGACGACGUGAAUACGAAGGAGACGAGGUUUUUAAAAGACACAGGGAAACUCUAUGUGCUACCUCCGACGAUGAAGCUUCUCUAAUUGAAGCCUUGCACCUACUGCAAGCAACACUGCGGAUAUCUCGUACUGUACCUUCUCACCAUUCGUUGGCCUCUCGGGUCCUGCUGUCGGCUGCGUUUGCGAUGCGUACAACGUCAUCGUCAACGUUAUCUCAUAACGCACGCCUUCACGAUCUCCUUUAUUCAAAGAUCUGCCAACUAAGCAUAGAGACUGCACGUGGUGGCUAUAAUGCGAUGAACAAAAACUUGGGCUUGGUCCUCCAAGGAGCCUUGGUCAGCUCCACGAGAUCGAACGAAUUGCUGUAUGAUCUCUACAAUGAUCUUGAACUACUCCUGCACCCUCGCUUGCCACCUCUUGUUCGGCCAUUACCACAUGUAGAUGAGCUGAGUCUAUAUCGUGCUGAAGAAAGCAACGACGAACGCUCGGCAAGACAAGCGGUGGGUGUGGUCACGGUACAAGACUCUCAACCCACGCCUCAGACAGACGCGGAGCAUAGAAGAAGUACCCUCCUACAUCUCGGCCAGCAGGAAGAACAAAACGUUUCUUCAGGGCUUUCACCAGUAUCAAUACAAACGGCCUCUAAUGUGGUAUCUGUACGGAGUGCGUCAAAAGCACCUCUGGACAUUCCUCCCCUGCCGCCGUCGCAGAACUUCACACCGCAGUUCAGCCCAGCUAUCUCUUCCAACAUAAGCCCGGUUCUACCUUUUCCCAAUACAGGUGGUCAUGUACCCUCAUCGGCAACAACCCCACAUAUGGAUGCACUGGGGGAUGACUCCAAUUCUGCUGGAGCAGUUGCGCCGGCAAAGCCAUCCUCCAUGGACGUUGAUGAUGAUGACGAUGACGAUGACCAGGAACUCCCCACUAUCGAUGUCGAGUCUGAUAGCGAUCACGAAAGCUGAAACUUGUGGGGGACAUGAUUUUGUUAUAUACUGUGCAUCCGGUAGCGUUUGGCUUGUCCAGGUAAUCUCUGGAUGCUCGUGUCUUCUUCAUCAGAGUCAACAACCUUGGGACUCUGCCAAUUGACUCCUUGCAUCAUGACAGGAACC